AUGUCAGCGUCGUUUGUUGGCGCCAUCGAUCAAGGAACCACAAGCUCGCGCUUCAUUGCGUUCGAUCAUAGUGGCAAGAUACUGGCCACGCAUCAAAUAGAACACAAGCAGAUCUACCAAAAACCAGGAUGGUGUGAGCACGAUGCUGAAGAGAUCAUGCACAACGUCGAGACGUGCGUGCACGAGGCGCUGGCCAAAAGCAGCAUUCAUCUCUCGCAGCUACAGGCCAUUGGCAUUACGAAUCAGCGCGAGACGUCUCUGAUAUGGGACCGCGUCACUGGCAAGCCGUUUUAUAAUGCUAUCGUGUGGCACGAUACACGCACCAUCGAGAUCGUCCAUCGCCUUAAGAAUGGAGAAGGUGAGGGUUUCUUGGACACAGGUGCUGACCGAUUUCGCACCAUCACGGGCUUACCGAUCGCCACUUACUUUUCAGCUGUUAAAAUUAUGUGGAUGCUUGAGAACGUUCCUGGCCUAAGAGCUAAGGCCGAGUCUGGUAACGCUCUCUUUGGCAAUAUGGAUACGUGGCUUAUCUGGAAGCUCAGCGGGGGCGCUAACGGUGGCGUGCACGUAACGGAUGUGACAAACGCCUCGCGCACGAACCUUAUGAAUUUGGUAUCCCUUCAAUGGGACGACGACAUUUUGAAAUGCCUAAACAUUCCUAAAUGCAUGCUACCAGCUAUAAAGUCUAGCUCCGAAGUGUACGCAUCGGGCCACAAAGAUAGUGUGAUACCUGAUAUUCCAAUUUCGGGCGACUUAGGUGACCAGCAGGCAGCUCUUUUCGGCCAGACUUGCUUCUCGCCAGGGGAUGCUAAGAACACGUACGGCACAGGCUGCUUUUUUAUGAUGAAUACCGGUCUCAAGCCCAUGCCCUCGAACAAGGGCCUGCUCACGACUGUGGGCUAUAAAAUUGGUGACCGACCGCCUAUAUAUGCACUAGAGGGGUCAAUUUCAUAUGCUGGAUCUCUUGUUCAGUGGCUGCGAGACAAUUUAAAGCUGAUCAAGAGUGCACCUGACGUCGAAAAAUAUGCUAAGAAAGUUAAAGACAAUGGUGGCGUCUACCUCGUUCCAGCUUUCUCUGGUCUAUUUGCACCUCGCUGGCGUAACGACGCGCGUGGUGUCAUGGUCGGUCUGACCUCCUUCGCCAACCGCGACCAUGUUUGUCGCGCUGCUCUAGAGGCAACAGCUUUUCAGACACAAGAAGUAGUUGCGGCUAUGGAGGCUGACAGUGGUGUACAUUUGACCAAGCUUAAGGUGGAUGGUGGUAUGGUGGUGAAUCAGACGUUGAUGCAGUUCCAGUCAGAUGUGCUGGACGUGCCAGUUGUGUGUCCAGUAAUUGCAGAGACAACAGCACUGGGGGCCGCCUAUGCCGCCGGUCUUGCCGUGGGAUUCUGGAACGAUAUUGAGGAGCUGCGCGAGAAAUGGCAAGUGGGUUCCACUUGGAAUCCAGACAUGGAAGCCAAGGACCGAAUUUAUCUCUUAUCACAGUGGAACAAAGCCGUCGAACGGACACUUAAUUGGGAGGAGCAAUAA